AUGAAGAAUUUAACAACAAAACAAUUGCAAAGAAUAGAAAAAAAGAAAAAGAAGAUGGCUGCACUUCUGGAAAUAACUAAAUUAAAUGAUAAAGAUAGAGAAGCUAAAAUGUUUGCACUGAAGAAAGCUUCCCUAGAAGCUGAUCAGUCAUCAAAUGAUACAGACAGUAGUGAAAUUUCUAUAGAAGAAAAUGUCAAACGUAAACGUCCAUGUGAUGAGGAUUUAAAAGAAGCAUUUUUAGAGCAUUCUACAAAACAAGAAAAUAUAGAAGGUAUAGAAGAAUCAGAUGCACUUGCUAAUAAAAAACCUAGAUUAAGUGGAGAUGAGUAUUUAAAAUUGAAAAAAGAAUUGAGGGCACGUAAAGCGCAACUUAAAAAAAUACCUCGAUUUCAGUUAAAAGCAUCUGGUGAAAGUGCUAGUUUAAGUAUUAAUGUUAAAAGUGAAGAUAGAAUUCCUAUUUUUCUUAGUGAUGUGCAACAUUUAUUAUUGUACUCAUUACAUGGUCAUCACUCACCAUAUAUGCCAACAAGAUGGUGUCACCUUGAAAAAUAUAAUAGGGUCAUGCACACAGUGGUUCUUGUUAUUGAAGAACUUUCCUUGUACCAUUUUAUGGCUUAUGAGAGUAUGUUUUCAAAUAUAACAUCAAAAUUGGAACAUCGUUUUGAAGUUGUAACCCCUACAGCAUAUGGAGGAUCAGUAAUAGAAGAUCUUGCAGCGGUCCCCAUUACAGGAUUACAAAGUGAUAAAUUACUUAAACAAUAUGGAUCAUGGGAGGCAGCAUUACAAAGUAAUGGUGAUGUAAUAAAAUUAUUACGAACUGUUUUUCCCAUGCAUGAAAAUUCAUUAAUAAGGGCUAAAAAGUUUCAAACAAAAUCUGACUUACCUAUUACGGAUAAAUUCCCUCGAACACAAUUACUUUUAUCUUUAUGUCAAAUGGUAGAAGAAAAUUAUCCUGUUCCUCUAAAGGGUGAACUAGCAAAAAAAUAUGGAGAUUAUAUAAUGACAAAGGAUGUUUAUGCAGAAGCUAAUGCAAAAUCACCAAUGUUUGGUUUAGACUGUGAAAUGUGUAAAACAACUACCGGAGAAUUAGAAUUAACGAGAAUAUCUCUCGUGGAUGAAGGAAUGAAUAUUAUUUACGAUAGUCUCGUAAAACCGGAUAAUCCGAUCACGGACUAUCUCACUCGAUUCAGUGGUAUAACGAAAGAAAUGUUGGAUCCUGUCACAACAACGUUAUCUGAUGUUCAACAAACAUUACGAAAAUUGCUUCCUACAGAUGCAAUUCUUAUAGGCCAAAGUUUAAAUUCUGACCUUCAUACAUUAAAAAUGAUGCAUCCAUAUAUCAUUGAUACAUCUGUAAUUUUUAACAUUACGGGUGACAGAUGUAAAAAAACAAAAUUACAAACACUAGUAAGAGAAUUUCUUGGCGAAAGAAUACAAGAAAGUAAAUCUGGUCAUUGUUCAACUGAAGAUUCACAAGCGUCUAUGAAAUUAGUACAAUUAAAAUUAGCAAAUAGUGUGAAUUAUGGGGAUGCUGUGUUACUUGGUCGAUGUGAUAUAGAAGUAUUGGAAACAAAAGGAAGAGAUGAACUCAGAACUCAAAGACGAAAAUAUGCCACCUCAAUUUUUAAACAUGUAACAAAGGAUAAAAAAACUGCUGCCAUUGUGGGAACCAAAGAAGUUAUGAACGAAUAUUCUCAAUAUUUAACUUCUUCUAUUAAUGUUAUGGAUGAUGAAAAUUUUAGUAACAAUGAUCAAGUACGCCUCGUAGUAGCAGAUAAUAAUAAACAGGCUGUACUUAGAGCUUCACAAAUAGCUAUGGAACAUGCCUUUACUUUAUGUCAUGUUAGAAUAGAACGAGAGAAAUUGAAAAAUGAUAAAAUAGAAAAGACGUUCCGUACUGUAAAUAAAUGGGUACAUAAAUUAUGGCAGCACAUGGCAGUGAAUGGUUUAGCAUGUGUUAUAUUCGCAGGAGAAAAUAAUGCAGCAAAUGGUGCUUGUUUUUUGAAUUUGAAAAGAGAAAUACCUGAAGAUUGUAUAAUAUGUGCUUAA